ACAUUUACUGCCAUGACAGAAAAAUUUGAUCUGCCAAUGGCUGAUUACAACCAGCCCAAGCUUCUUUAUUGCAGCAACGGAGGUCAGUUCCUGAGAAUCCUUCCAGAUGGCAAAGUGGAUGGCACAAGGGACCGGAACGACAAUCACAUUCAGUUACUGCUCAGCACAGAAUAUUUUGGUGCUGUGUACAUAAAAGGCAUUGGAUCUGGACUAUACUUGGCUAUGGAUGUCAAUGGACGCUUACAUGGCUCGCAGUUGCCAACAGCAGAGUGUGUGUUCCUGGAAAAGUUGGAAGAAAACAAUUACAAUACUUACAAGUCAAAGAUGCAUGCAGAUAAGAACUGGUAUGUUGCCUUGAAGAAGAAUGGAAACAGCAAAUUGGGACCGAAGACUACCUAUGGCCAGAAUGCAAUUCUUUUCCUUCCUCUGCCAGUGUCACCUGAUUAG